AUGGCGUGUCAGAACGCCGCCAGUCUGACACAGCUUCUGCCAGCCUUGGCCCGCUCAAUUUGCGACGUCGCCCGUCGCCCAUCUCGUCUGCCCACACACACGGUCCCCUCUGACUUGCAGCGCAACGCGCAACCACACGGCCUCCUAGCGCCCAUGGCCACCUUCUCCCGUGCUUCUUCAAGCUUCGAUCCAAUUUCUCCCAAGAAGUCCCCUCCCCCUAGAAUUUUCCGCUCCACUGCGGGCCUCGCGCUGCUGGCGGUCAAUGAAAGCAUGGCACGACGACAUUCAUGGUCCUGGUCCUGCUUCUGA